CUGUCAAUUUGACGUUUUAUAAAAACGCGCCAUUUCUUGUGUUGUGAAACGUUUUCUAGUUUUUCAAAUGAUUUCGGGGAAAAAUGUCCGAGGAUUUGUUAGACAGUCUUCUCUCAGUGGCAACCGAAGAAUUGAAAAAGGAUAAUGUCCCCACAAGAACCUUAACUGAAGCAGAUCUAUUCGGCAAAGACGAUGACGAAAAUUCGUCAAAAAACACAUCAAAAAGUUUAAUUCACACAGGAGACACCGAUUCUUCAGACGACGAAGACAAUAAAUAUUACGAGGAACGAAAAUACAAUGACUGCGGGCGUGAAAUUAAGCAUUUAUUGGAGUCGUCUAAUCGUUCGGCUUCAAAUAGCCCCGUUUCUCAACCAGAAGUCACAUGGAAAAGUAAAUCAAAUAAUCAGCCUAUUAAACCCAAAAUUUUGCCAAAAAUACAAGACGUACAGAGUGACCCUAUAUUUGGAUUAAGGGUUGUCAACCCAGUGAUAUCAUUCAAUGCUUUGCAAGAAAGAAUGGUGGGACGUGAAGCUGUUGCUUUUGCAAGAAUUAAAAAGUUUGUUUCGGGGAAUAUUUCGGAUAAAAAUUGGGUAAUCGCGGGGGUUAUUGCCGGGAAAAGUGCCGUUAAAACGUCCCAAAAGGGCAAUGAAUUUAUAAUUUGGUGUCUCAGUGAUUUAAAAAAUGAUAUUAAAACCGUAUCAGUACUUUUGUUUGGGAGUGCAUAUAAGCAACUUUGGAAAACAGUCGUUGGUACCGUGGUAGGAAUCCUGAAUCCGUCAGUUCUAGAGUCAAAGGAUAAUUCAAGAGAUGAAGCUACUUUGAGUGUUGAUAAUAGUCAAAAAGUUUUGAUUAUGGGUCAAUCAAGGGAUUUGGGUACUUGCAAGAGUAUGAAAAAGAAUGGGGGCCAAUGUACCAACAUUGUCAAUACAAGUCAUUGUGAAUAUUGCGUUUAUCACAUCAAACAAGAAUAUCAGAAGUGUAGUAAACGCGCAGAACUACAAUCGAGUUUUGUUGGUAAAGGCUUGACAGCACUUAGGAAUAAGGUUUUGGGCAAAAAUGAAGUUUUUUAUGCUGGAAAAUCCUACACUGCAAUCCCAGCAAAGCGUAGUAAGAAGCUAGAACAAAAAGAGAAAACUCUGCUUCAAGCUCUUAGUGGUAAUACCCAAUUGACAAGAAAAAGUAGUGUAGCAAAAAAGACGUCAAAGGUGGCUUCACAUAUCGAAGUUACUCAACGCCAAAGAUUGCGAGAUUUCAGCUUGUUGGAAAGGUUGGGUGGGAAUGAUGUUAAAACUGAUUUCAAAGCGACACAUUCGCCAGAAGUCACUUUGGAAAGUUCUAAGAAAACUGCAGUUGAAGUUAUCUCAAAAUUGAAAGCUGGUAUUGCAACAAAAAAAGAAGAACCUGUUUCUAAGCCUCAUACAAUAACAAAAGCUAAUGCUUCCACCGAUUUUGUUAAAUUAGAUACUCCAGUGUUGUUGAGUUGUGAAAAAGAAACAAUUGAUUUGGGAGCGUCAUUUACUCCCCAGCAAAUCAAUAGAGCAAAAUUAAACGCUCUGAAGUAUGUACAAAAAAAUGGACCCUUGAAAAAGUCGGACCCGAAUAGUAUAAAAUCGCCAGGAAACAAAAAACGCCCUCUGGGAAAUACCGAUAAUUUAGACAACAUUUCAAAGAGGCCAAAAAUAGUCGAAAAUGAGUUCCUCUCAGACCGGUUCAAAAAAAUGAUGGAGACAACCUCAAAACAUAUGGACGUCCUUGACGAUCGCGAUAAUGAAGAACAAGAAAAGUAUUUCGAAAAGUUGGAAAAGAAAGAACAAAUGGAAAACAAGAUGAUCAAUACGUUUAAAGUCGCUUGUAAGGCUGUUAGGUGUUUGCAGUGUAAAUACACACAUUUUUCCGCAUCGCAGUUUUGUAAAGAUAACAAACAUCCGUUGAAAGUUUUCGAUGCAAUGAAACGAUUUUUCAAAUGUGGAAAUUGUGGCAAUAGAAUUACUUCGCUGGAGAUUGUUCCAACACUUGCUUGUAAGAAUUGUGGAUCAGGAAUGUGGGAAAAGACAGGAAUGAUGAAAGAAAAAACAGUGGAUGUGGUUCCGACGUUAUCAAUCAGGGGCGGUGAACAAGAAUUCGUUAAUUCGGUUAUUUCAGAUCCUAACCUGAAUCUGCUGGUUUGUAGAAAAUUCAAUGAGGUAGGAAGCCGCAUGCUUUCAAGAGGAUUCAUUCAGUUAGAAAAAAGACACGCGGCCAUUUAUAAAAGAGUUAAAUCCUUGCUGCCACGAAGAGAAUCUGAGAGAAGAGUUCAUCCAUUAUCUCGCCAUUGUGACAUUCUCCAAGCCGUCGAAACUCGAAUUAGCAUGCUAAACAUGACAUACAUGAAAUAUAUCGAAAAUAAUUUAUUAUGUUUUAUACCUGGAAAAGUUUUGGACGAAAUGAUAAACGUUUUAAGCUUCGUUGAAAGUGACUGCACUCCUCCACGCACCCACCAACUUUUACAAGAACUACGCGAUCUCAGCAGCAUGGCGAUGGAACAUUUCGACGAACACAUUCUGCCCCGAGUCAAAGAACACAAAGAACAAAUGGAGGAAAAACGUCAAGCAUUCAUUGCCUCGUUUUCGGGAAGCCCGUCAACCCUGAAACCGGCGCAACCGUUCAUCGUCCAACAAGUCAAUGAUUUGCAAAAAAUCAAAAAACAAUAUAAGACAUACAAACACCAUAUCGCUUAUCUCAACCAAAACACGCAAAAGCUGAUCCAGAAAAUGAAAAAACAAAACAAGCGGCUAAAAGCCCAGUCGGUCAGAAUUAGGGAUCAAGAACGUAAAAUCCAAGAACAAACCGCCAAAAUACAAGAACAAGAAACUGCACUGGCCGAUAUCAAGAAACACAUGGACGAAUGGGAUCAAAAAUACAAAGACUUGACCAACGAGUUGGUACGUGCGAGGGAUUACAUUCUCUUGAAGGCUACUUCGUCCAAAGCGAGUUCUUCGUACACACCUUCGCCGCCGAAAUUGUGCAGGUCCAGUAUUAGGCCGCGCGUUUCCCAUUUGCUUUUCCGCAAUUACGGCCCGAUUCAUCUGGAUCUGGAACGCAAGCGAAAGUCGAAUUUGUUACCGGAAAUUCCGGUUAAAGUGUCAAGGGCUCAAGGCGAUGAAGACGAAAAGAGUAUAGAUGAGCUGUUACCGUUGAAAGAACCAGAUAAAAGCAACGAAAGUGAAGGAAAAGGCAACUUCAGUUUUCUGAUCGAAAAUUUGAUCAAAACUCCGUUGACGGCCAUCAAGUCGAGGAAACGGAAAAUGGCAGAAGAGAUCGACUUAAAAUAAUUUUUUAACACAAGAUGACAUUUUUUAUUAAAUAUUAUAUUUAAUCUCCAGUGACUCAUUGCGUAAGAUUUUGUUAUGUAACCUAAGGGAAGUAUAGUAAGAGCAAAUUUGUAUUGUUUGUUAAAAUCAAUCAUUUUUAGUUUUUGGAUCAAAAUUAGAUUUUCUUUUCUUGUUACAAACAUGAUUAUUAGAAAUCAGUUUUUUAUGAUAAAUGAAUUUACUUGAGUUAAGUAUAAGUUAUUUAACAAAUUCGAUUUUCUUCACUCGUAUGAGGUAAAAAAAUGAAUUACGUAAAAAAUAUUAAAACCUUUAUUACAGCAAGAAAUAAAUACACAAUUAAAAAAAGUAAGUCGAGUUAGAGAAGAAAUUAAAGGAAAUGAUUGUUAAAAAUGGUGUAAUAUAAAAUACAUACUGUAAGUUCUCAACACAAAUUUGGUUAAUAAACGUAAUAAAAAAGGCUGGUUUUUAGCGUUAUAAUACUAUAUCCUUCAUAUUGUUAAUAUAAAUAACUCUAUUAAUAAAAUAAAUAUGUUAUCUAGUAUGUUACAUAAUGCCUUUGUUAUAUUUUUAUGGAAACAAGUCCUUUAUACCGUUAAAGUGAAUGUUCCAUCACAAAUGAAAAGUCAAAUUUUAGUGCACCAAUAUAAAAUGUCUUUCCUAUCGUGAAACAUUAACUAAUGAAAAGCUAAAUAUGACGAUAAAUACUUAAAUCUGAAGUCACAGUAGAAAAUCUAAUAAUGUAAAUAUUAAAAUUGGCUGUACCACCUGAUAAAAACACCCAUAUUGUCUUGCCAUGUGUUGAAAACUAAUAUAAAAUUGUACUAAAACCUUGGAUAUAC